CACAGUGGUCGUCUGUCUCCGGGCUCCAGCUGAUCGGGUGCUGCCUGCGUGAGUUGGGUUUGACGGCUCUUCUAUUCGUCGGUGUCAUUUAGAGCGACAAGCUUCAUUUCAAUCCGUCUCUUACAUACAGAAACCCCGGAUGGUAUUUUUUUGUUUACCUAGGUACCCAUCUGUCAGGGGUAAAGGAUCUAAAACGCAAAACGAGGCCCAUACACUAUCCCCGGAUUCACCUGCUCACGGACAGCCAGCAGCAGCAGCACCGACAUGGGGGACACCGGGAGCGAAGGCAGAAAGCCUCCAGCUAACGUAAACAUUGUAGCUCCGCGCUGUCCCUGCGGGUUCUGGGGGUCAAGAAAAACUAUGAAUCUCUGUUCCAAAUGUUUUGCAGAUAUUCAAAAGAAACAUACAGAUGAAGAUUUUGCUAUCAAGAAUUCUCCAAACCCUAGUUUCAGCCAACCGGACCACUUGAAUGAUUCAAACAACAGCUUAUCUCCAACACAAACCUCAACAGCCAGUACAUCAGUGGACCCUUCUCCAGCUGCUGCUACACUACCUGCUCAAGUAUCUAGCACAGGUGCUGAUUACAGUGCGCUUUGCACGGCCACAAAACGCUCUAUAGAAUCAGCCUCUGAUUCAGCAGGUGCUGUUUCUCCCAUAAAGCGAGCAAGAGAGUCUGAUGUGUCACAGGAUGAAGGAGCUUCAUCAUCAUUGGCAUUUCUGUCCUCUGCAUCACCUUUGUCACGUAGUGGCUCAAAACAACGCAGUCGGAAACGUUGCCACCACUGCCAAACCAAACUGGAGCUGGUCCAACAGGAGUUGGGUUCCUGUAGAUGCGGCUAUGUCUUCUGUAUGCUGCAUCGUCUCCCGGAGCAGCAUGACUGCAUGUUUGACCACUUGGGGCGCGGUCGCCAAGAGGCAGUUCUGAAGUUGGUGAAGCUGGAUCGUAAAGUGGGCCGCUCAUGCCAGCGCAUUGGGGAGGAGUGCUCCUGAGCAGCGCUCUUUGUAUGACGUUCACAAGACAUCUUUGCAUUUCUAAGGAUUCUUUGUGUUGUUUUGAUACAUUCUUUAAAACCAACCAGGCCAUUACCUCCACCAGUUUCUGCUUCUGUUUUCUUGCUACUAUGUCUAUGAUGUCUUUUGGGGAAAAAACUAAUCCAAGAAUCAGAGAACAUUAAGAGCAAAAGAGCUAAGGAUUUUGGAGUUUGUGACUUUGUGAUAAAUUUGAGUGAAACAAAACAGAACACAUGAAUACAGGAAAAUUAUGAUUUAUGUUUUCUCAGUAAGCCCAUUAAAUUCUUUACUAUUUACCUCAUAGGCAAGAUUAAAAGUACAUGUAAUAGGAGAAGUUGACACCAUUUAAAGACUGUGCUCUUUACCUCAAAUCAGACAGAGCUGUGCUUUGUUCUGUGCCACGCAAGCUCUGCUAGCCUCACCUUCAGUCAGUGUCUUACCUGUGGACGAAUCCUAUCCAGAAUCAUCCAUCUCAGGUCAACAGGACGUCUACUCUUUCUGCUUUAGCACCCUGCGUCUCUUUGUGGAAAACAAAGCCUGCACACUGGACAAUGCUCUUGGAAAUCUCCACUGUCUUCAUUUCAGGGACUUAAACAGUCAAGACUCACAAGUCAUUUAAAAAUUUUUGUCUUCCUCACUUUGUGUCAGGUUCUCUAGCUGUAUUGCUUUAAUAACAAGGGACAAAAGUGAAACUGUGCUUUUGACGGCACUGAUGUCUGUGCUACAUGACUGUUAAUCCCCUAACACUAUGCUUCUAAAUUGAUGUGGAGAACAGUUUUAAGUGCAUAUGGCUUGAACUGUGAUCAGCCUCUCUACUUAAUCAUUUGCAAUUUGAUAGAUUAUUGAAAAGCUGCAAUCAUAAGAAUCUAUGUUUUAGUUGAUCUUUGCUUGUCUCCACUGCCCUUCUCCAUUUCAUUCUCACAUUUAGUUUAGAGGUAGGUGCUGUCUGGACUGAACACAAACUGAAAGAUAAAAUAUCUUAUUUUUCCAGAUUACCUGAUGGAUAUCUGUUCUGAUGAAUUAUCUUUGUAAAAUAAAUCUUAUUUAACCUGAGUUACAGAAUUACUUACUUUAGACCUGCUUUUCUGCAAUUAUAAGUACAAAGAAAAAUAAAUCCAACACAGAAAUCAA